AUGCAACCACAGGUGGAACUCACCGUCAGCAAACUAAUGCCGCCUGCUGAGGAGGAAGUCGGCGGCGAUGAUGUAGAAAUGCAGGAAGUUGAACCAGAGCCGACAUCGACGAGUAGAGAGCUGACGACUGUUCUACCCGAGGACGGAGCGUUUUCGCCGAGCAGAGACACCGAUGCUACUGCUGAACGAUGGCUCCGCGAUUCCCGAAUCGGCGAUUGUGGAAUCGACGAACAACGACGAGCACCAUUGGACCGACAAUGA